AUGAAUCUUUGUUAAGCUAAAAUGUUAUAUGAAAUGCACAUGAAUGUCAUUCUGAAAGUAUAGUCCAUCAUUAAUAAUAAAAAUACUAAUUAAGGCAAGUCUAAAAUUUUCUUAAUGGAUUAAAUUCAUUUGAUCUUAGUGGAAGAGUCAAUAGAGAAUGACCAUUUAGUAGUUAGGUUUAUGGAUAAUAACCAAGACUAUAUCCCAAAAAUAGAGAUCAAAUUGACCGAAAAUUAUUCAGAAGUAUUUUCAUCAGUCCUAUAUGAUAAUUUGGAUAAUAAAAAGGAUGAUGAGUGUCACUAUUUAUAUUUUAAUGAACCUUUGAAAUCUUUGGAAUGCAUGAGAUUCAAUUUGAUCACAUAAUUGAGUGCAGAUGUUAUACUUAAAUUAUUAAACUUAAAAUAUAUCCCGAUUAUAAGAACAAAUUAUAGUAACUACAAAAUUGAAGAUAUUAUUCAAGUUGGAAACAAAUCAGUAAUUGAGAAAUUGAAUUAGAGUUGGUAAACCUAAUGCAAAUUAAAAUCUAAGAUCACAAAAGAUUUCAUAUCCAUAGUAAAUGAUUUUAAAUAUUACUAUCGCAUUGAUAUCCUAUUAGUAUCAACAUUACAAUAAAUAAAAAAGGAGAAAUAUUCAAGCUAUGAUGUACUUUAUGUACCAACAGAUGAGUUAAUAUAAUUAAAAACAGGCAAAAGAUAAUAAUAAAUAUCACUCUCUCUUCAAAAUUUAAAGAAAUUGAAUAAGUUAAUAUGA